CAGAGUGCUGAGGGGCGGGGCCACGUGGCGGGGCUGGCCAAUGGGAGGCGUGGGCGUGUCCGCGGCGGGAGGGGCGGGGCCUGGCGGCGGUGGCGGCUGAGGGCGCGGAGGGGCACCGGCCCGGCCCGAGAGUCCCCAAGGAUGAAUGGCUCCGAGCUGGCCAGCACCACGGCAUCCACCCCCAAAUCCAAGGAGGAUCCCGUCGGGAACGGGCACGAGGAGAAGGAGAGCAACCCCUUCGCCGAGUACAUGUGGAUGGAGAACGAGGAGGACUUCAACAGGCAGGUGGAGGAGGAGCUGCAGGAGCAGGAAUUCCUGGAUCGCUGCUUCCAGGAGAUGCUGGAGGAGGAGGAGCAGGACUGGUUCAUCCCGGCGCGGGAUCUUCCGCAGGGAAUGGGGAUGGGAAUGGGGCAGCUCCAGCAGCAGCUGCACGGGCUCUCCGUGGGCGACGGCGCCGACGACAUCCUGAGCAAAAGCAACUUGAAUCCAGACGCCAAGGAAUUUGUGCCGGGAGUGAAAUACUGACCUGGGAAUGGCCUGGCCACAGACUGAGCCCCUCAUUCCCUGCUCCAGGGAAAAGUUGGGACACGGGAAGAGCCCGGAGCGGCUCCAGCACCGGGAUCUGCUCCAGCUCCGAGUACUUCUGGUUUUCCCUAUUUUGGGUUUUUUUUUUUUUGGACUUUUUUUUGGCUUUUCCUCACUUUUUCUGGGCGGUUUUUGGCUUCCUGGGAUUCCCGCCGGUGGGAAAACCUUGGAAAAUCCCUGGGGAAAUCAGGAUUGGGGGCUUUGGUGGAGGAUUUUUGGGGAUCCCAGGGUCGGGAGCUGCGCUGGGUUUGGUUUUUUUUUUCCCUGAUUUUCUGGAAUUGGGAUUUUUUUUCUUUCCUCCGCUGGAAGUGAAGGGUUCCGAGGCGUGAUCCCGAAAUUCCUCCGGAUGGAAGCUGAGCAGGGGGAUCCCACCAAUUCCAGAGGUUUUUAGGGAAACCUGGAUUCCCCAAAUUCCUCUUCCCCUUAUGGAAUUCCUAAACUCAUCCAACACUACAGCCCUAAUCCCUGAGGGAUAAAAUUCCAAGGAAAACUGAAUUCCUGGCAGAGACGAGAAAGGAGGGAGGGAUUGGAGCAGCAUUCCUGGGAAAGGAGAGGGAUCCUGUGUUGAGGGAUAUUCUGGGAUGUGAUGGGAAUAUCCUGGUGCUGAUCCCUUUCCCAAGGAUCCUGGAGCGGUGAUUUGCGUCUCCAUCACAAUUUGAUCCAGGGAAUUUCCAAUUCCAUCCAGGAGAGGAUGGAUUUCCCUAAAUCCUCAGGGCAUUCCUGAGGUUCUCAAAGGCUCAGAAAUCCAGGGAAAGGAGGAGUUUUUCCAGGUCUGAAAUCCUUAUCCAGAGAAAGCGGGAGCUCCGUGGGAUUGGGAAUCCCUAUCCAGGGAAAUCAGGAACUUCCUGGAACUGCAAAUCUCUGUCCAAGGAGAGCACGAGCUUCCCAAGGUCAGAAAUCCCUAUCCAGGGAAAUCAGGAACUCCCUGGGAUUGGGAAUCCUUAUCCAGGGAAAUCAGGAACUUUUGGGGAUUGUAAAUCCCUGUCCAAGGAAAUCAGGAGCUCCUUGGGGCCAGAAAUCCCGACCCGGACAAAUCAGGAACUUCCUGGGACUGGGAAUCCUUAUCCAGAGAAAGCAGGAGCUCUUUGGGAUUGGGAAUCCCUAUCCAGGGAAACCAGGAGCUCAUUGGGACCACUAGAGAAAUCAGGAACUUUUUGGGAUUGGAAAUCUCCAUCCAAGGAAAUCAGGAGCUCCUUGGGGUCAGGAAUUCCUAUCCAGAUAAAUCAGAAGCUCCUUAGGAUUGGGAAUCCCUAUCCAGAGAAAGUGGGAGGCUCUUUGGGAUUGGGAAUCCCUACAGAGGAAAACCAGGGAAUUCUUGGGGGCAGGAAUCCUUACCCCAGAGAAAUCGGGAAAUUUUGGGGAUUGGGAAUCCCUAUCCAGGGAAUGCAGGAGCAUCCCAAAUUUAGAAAUCCCUGUCCACGGAAAUCAGGAAUAUUUGGGAUUUGGAAUCCCGAAGCAGAGGAACCAGGAGCUUCUCAGGCUCCAGUGGGAGCUGCUGGGCUGGGGAAUCCCGGGAAAUUCCUGCGGGAUGAGCUGGAGCCGCUGCUGUCCCUGCUGGUUCCCAUCCUCCAGCUCCAGGGAUCAGGGGCCAGCGGAGCGUGAACAGGGCUGAGCUCCCGGAAUUCCCGAGCUCCCGGAAUUCCUGAGCUCCCGGAAUUCCCGCUUUUCCCAGCCCCUCUGGAAGCAGCAGGAAUGCCGCCCUCAAAAUUCCGCUGGGGGCAGAUUUCCCGUGGCUGGGCAGGGUGGGAUCCAUCCCCUGGAGCCAUCCCGCAUUUUCCCCUCCUCCUCUUCCCGGUUUUCCUUGGAUUUCUCCCCCAGUUCCCUCCUUUCCCCCCUCCUCCUCCCUGUGCUGUACAUUUCGGACGAGGCGUUAUCCCAAAUAAACUUUUUUUGGAAGGGA